AUGGGAGGCUAUCUGUCAUCUCUGUCUAAACUUGUAUGGGCAAAGAAAGAGAUCAGGAUAUUGAUAUUGGGCUUGGACAACGCUGGAAAGACAACCCUUCUCUACAGGCUCAAGAUUGGCGAAGUCGUCACCACCAUUCCAACGAUAGGCUUCAAUGUCGAGUCUGUAAAUUACAAGAACCUCAACUUCAAUGUCUGGGAUCUAGGAGGCCAAACAUCUAUCCGCCCUUACUGGAGAUGCUACUAUGCCAACACCGCCGCUGUCAUCUUCGUCAUCGACUCGACCGAUGUCGAUCGCCUUUCUACCGCUGCCGACGAGCUCUCUGCCAUGUUGAAUGAGGAGGAAUUGCGUGACGCUGCACUGCUAGUGUUCGCAAACAAGCAAGAUCAACCGGGCGCCAAGGGUGCGGGAGAUAUCAGUGAAGCGCUUCGUUUGGGCGAGCUCAAGGACAGGAAUUGGACCAUCGUCGCUUGCAGUGCCAUCGAUGGUAGAGGUGUUACGGAGGGUAUGGAUUGGAUGGUUUCAUGGACAAAUGUCUGUACCACAAUGUGA